CCGCACGCGCUUUUGUUUGUGGAUGAACACUCUAACCCGUUUCCGAAAUGUGGACAGAAAUUGGGAAAUUAUUAUUUUUUCAUGUUUUAGUUUGGGAAUUAUACUCCGCAGAAGGUGCUGAAACUGGCGCUGAGACGGAGUGCGAGGAUGGACAGUUUCAGUGCAACAAUAAGAGAUGUAUUCCCACCAUAUGGAGAUGCGAUGAUGAUGAUGACUGCUCUGACAACAGCGAUGAGGAGAACUGCCUGAAGAACACAUGCGCUCCCUCAGAGUUUGCUUGUGCGAACGGUCAGUGUGUUCCUGGGCGCUGGCGGUGUGACGGAGAACCCGAGUGUCCGGACGGAUCGGAUGAGGCUGAUGCCACCUGCACAGUCAAACAGACGUGUCCACCAAAGAAGUUUGACUGCGGAGGGAAGUGUGUGUCGCUGUCCUGGCGGUGUGACGGGGAAAGAGACUGCGAAAAUGGUGAAGAUGAAGCAGACUGUGCAGCCGAUGCCAGGUCCUGCUCAGUGGGGGAGUUCCAGUGUCGUAACCGCAAAUGUUUAGCACCGGUCUAUGUGUGUGACGGCGAUGACGACUGUGGAGACGGCAGCGAUGAGGAAAAGUGCUCUCCGCCCACCUGUGGGCCGCACGAGUUUCGCUGUAACAGCUCAGAGUGUGUGCCGCAGCCCUGGAUCUGCGACGGCGACCCUGACUGCGCUGACGGCUCUGAUGAGUGGGAUGGGCGAUGCGGGGGCGGGUCUGGACGGCCGGCUCCACCACCCACCCGGCGACUGCAGUGCGGUGCUGGAGAAUUUCGUUGCGGCAGUGGGGAGUGUGUGAAACUGGCCUGGAGGUGCGACAGGGACCCUGACUGCAAGGACAAGUCAGAUGAGGCCGAUUGCCCUCUGCUCACAUGCCGGCCUGAUGAGUUCCAGUGCGGAGACGGAUCCUGCAUCCACGGCAUCAAGCAGUGCAACAAAAUACACGACUGCCUCGACAAAAGCGACGAGGCUGGCUGUGUCAAUGCCACAAAGUGUGAAGGACCUCUGAAGUUCCUCUGCAGGAAUGGAGAAUGCAUUGAUGGCAUCAAGGUGUGUGAUAAUGUGAAGGACUGCAAGGAUCGGUCGGACGAACCCAAAAAGGAGUGCACAUGUCUCUGCAGUGCUUACAUCCACGAGGCGAGCGACCCGUCUCGACACGUUACUCUGAUCGACUCUGAUCUGCAUUCCCCUGAGGGUCUGGCACUGGACUGGGUCCAGCACAACCUCUACUGGACCGACUCGGGCGACAGAACCAUCUCUGUGGCUUCAGCGGAUGGCAGCAGGAGACGCGUGCUGAUCAGCACCGAUCUGAGCGAACCACGGGCCAUCGCUGUGGAUCCAAAGAGAGGGUUCAUGUACUGGUCUGACUGGGGCACCAGGGCCAGGAUCGAGAAGGCUGGCAUGAAUGGUGUAGAUCGGCAGGUGCUGGUGUCUGAGGACAUCGAGUGGCCCAAUGGAAUCACACUCGAUGUGGUUGGUAAGCGCUUAUAUUGGGUGGACUCAAAACUGCACCUGAUCUGCAGCGUGGAUUUAAACGGGGCACAUCGCAGAGUCAUCCUGUCCUCCAGCGAGAGACUCGGCCAUCCGUAUGCCCUCGCUGUGUUCGAAGAUCGCGUGUACUGGACGGACCGUGAGAAGGAGGCCGUCUACAGUGCAAACAGACUCACAGGACAGGAUGUGACCAGUCUUGCCGAGCACCUCAAUGACCCUCAUGACAUAGUGGUUUUCCACGAGCUGAGCCAGCCUGCGGCUCCUGAUAGCUGUAACCUGAACGGCGUGACUAACGGAGGCUGUGACUUCCUGUGUCUGCGAGCUCCUCAGAUCAGUGAACACUCACCCAAAUACACCUGCGCUUGCCCUGACGGCGAGGAGCUCAGCCCUGACACACGCCAGUGUGUACCCGUUCAAAAUGAGACUGCCGUCACACCUACUGUCCCCAUCAACAUCACCAAUGAGACAGGGCCUGGCCGGGCACCAGAGUCCCCUGCAGCAGUGACAUCUCAGUCCGACAGUAUGGCUGAAACCACUCUCUCAUCACUCCUCACCUCCAGCCCAGAGGAACCGGCCAUCUCCUCUAAUACUACAGCAGAGCACAGCCCUACACAAGUGUCCAGCACCACACCAGACAGCCUGAGCAACCUGUCUCAUCACUCUGGCAAUGAGUUGUUUCUCCUUGGCCGUAAUCUGACAGUGGCAGUGCUUGGAGUUGUAAUUCCCAUAGUUCCUAUUGUUGCCACAGUGGUCUUCGGAGUGGUUUGUGCCGGCGUUUACCUCGUUUACCGCAACUGGAGGAGGAACAGCACCAAAAGCAUGAACUUCGACAACCCUGUCUACCGCAAAACCACAGGAGAGACAGAGGAGGACGAGAUUCACAUCGGUCGGACUGACGGGCUCGCUGGCCAUCACCACCCUUACCCCGGGCCCGUGGUCGGCAUGACGCCAGUCGGUACGGGGACGUGCCCACCAUUCAUCGCUCUGCCUCUGGGGACCGGUUUACCAGACCCUGCCACACACUGGUACACAGAUCAGCCCACCAUCUCUAGUACUAAGUGAAAGGGGAGGACGACUCUAGAAAUACUGUGACCGCAGGGAGCAGGACUGACACGUGGCUGCCAAGCUAUGCAGGAACUGAAUGGCAUUUAGCCAGCUGAAUCAUUCUUAACAUGCCCAGGUUUUGAAGUCCGCUGGAGUGCAAACUCUCGAUUGAUUACUAAACAAAAGGUUUAGACAUUUCAGACCCAUAUUCAUUUAGGUCCAUUUUAAGCAUCAUUUUAUUGCUGGUUGGAACCACCAGGGCAAGUCUUUUCAAACCUACAUUAUUUAUAUUUAUCUUAUAAUUCUAGACAAAUCUAGCACUGUAACUGGCAUUGAAUUUACUACAUAAAUAUGGAAAGCACUAAAGCUGAAGAGAGAAACAGUUUUUGAUUUU